AAACCAGGUACAAGAAAUAUGUAAUGGCGGCAAAAACAAACUUGCAAUCUCUGAAAAAUGUUGUUGAACAUUGCGAGUUGACAGGAACAGAAUUCUUGGAAUUAACUGCUUAUGUUUUACACAUACACAGAUAUCUUUCUGACCCAUUACACCUUUCACAACUUGGCAUUGACAGUGCAGCAACAGUAGAUGUUUAUGAACUGUUAGUAACAGACAGAGUUACCAAAAGAAAAGUUGUGUUAGAUCCCAGUUUAUCCAUAUAUAUACAAAGUGGACAAAUCACAGAAGGUAGUUGUGUAAAGUUUACAGAAUGCAGUGUGAAGUAUGAUGAAACAGAUUUACAACAGAGAAGUUUCCUUGUGGUACACCAAUUGACAGUAGAAGCUGAAAGACACAUAACAUUAUCAGAUAUCAGUAAUAUACCCUGGUGUGAUGAUUGUGAUGAGAUAGAGAAGACAGCUUCACCUUUGACCUCAUCUAGAGGUUAUUAUAUAAACAUAUGGUCCAGUGUAGAAUUAGAAGGAGAAGUAUGGAAGAGAGGGACAAUAGAGAAGUUAGAUGGUUUAGGUGACGUGUCUCCUGUAGAUGUAUACUCACUAAAGGAAUUAUCUAAGAACUGGCGAGUACUCAAAGGACCACCUGUUGUCAUCAAAGUUCUUAGUAAAAAAAGAAUUCUACAUUAUGCCAAACCAUUUAAAAAUGACAAAUGGCCCUUGCAGGCCCAUUUGACAGUAUGUGACAGAUCAGGCUGUGCUACACUUGUAUUGUGGAACUCUUUGUGUCCAGAGUUAUAUCACAGGUUAAAAGAGGGAGAAGUUCUCCUUAUACAGAAAUAUACUGUGAAGAAAAGUUUCCAUCAUGUUGACCACUACAGACCUCCAUUACCUGAUGGACUGACCAUGUAUGAUAUAGAUAUAAAUGUAAACAGUCACCAUCCUGUUGGAAUAGUAAGAGUUAUCUCCUCUGAUGCCAUACCAGCCUGUCUAAAUUUACCUACCAUACAAUACAACAUUAUACAGAGAAAAGAUUUGGGAUGCUUUCCUAGUGAUUAUGUUUGUGACAUCACAGGUUUGGUGACCUAUGUCGGCAGAUUCUUUAGAGAGAGAAUGACAGGUAAAAGUGAUUUAGACACUGGUGCCUUCUGGAUCAGUAGAUGGUUAGAACUGAAAGACCAAAGUAGUCAGAAGACUUGUAAGGUCCUUAUAUACAGACCAGCUGAGAUAAAUAUCUAUAAGGAUGUCAUGCCAGGCAAAGUUUUAAUAUGUCGUCACAUGAGAAUUGUCAGCAACAUGAGCCAUAUACAUGCGUCUAAAGAUAACAGGAAUAUGUAUUUGACAUCUACUGGUUCCUCUCAUAUUGAGAUUGUAACUGGUGAUUGUGCACAGCCACAUGUAAAUGAUGUUUUGACAUGGUCUCAGUCAUACAAGGAGGAAUUAACCAUGGCUGGUUAUUAUUCAUAUCCUCCUAUACCCACUACACUGGCUGAACUGAAGAACUACUAUGAGGAUUUAAAGAUAACAACAAGUGAAGAAUUGAGGUUAGAAUUGGGUAGACUGAGUUACAGGGAACAUAAAAGAUUAUUUCUAUUUAUAGAUAACAACAAAAUUGAGAUAACAACAAGUGAAGAAUUGAGGUUAGAAUUGGGUAAACUGAGUUAUAGGGAACAUAAAAGAUUAUUUAUACAAGGUCAGAUGAUUGCUGUUAAAUAUCAGACUAAAAGUUUGUCCAGGACAAGAAAGAAGGAGGACUGCAGCAUGGAAGUUAUUGUGAAUGAUCCCCUAUAUCAUCAAUUUGAACAAGAGUUAUCCUCUUCAGUGAUAGCACCACCUUUCUCCUACAAGUUUGACACUGAGAUGAUUGCUAAUCUGCUACAGUUUCCAUCUGUAUUAAACAGAGCAGUGGAUUCAUCAGAAUUAGAAGUAUCAGAUGAUAGUAAGGGAUGUUUUAUGAUUUACUGGUCAGGAUUAAACAGUAAAAUAUUAAUACCAACAAUGUGGAUGUGUGGACCAGUCUCAACAGACCUAACGACUUUAUUACACAUUAGAAAUCAUACAUUUAAACAUACACGGAACAAUAAAGAUAUCAUGGAGAUAUUACAGUCAGCUAAACAAUGUAAUGGACAAAAAUUUCUUCUGGUCAUAGAUGCUUAUAAACCGACCUAUAAUAUAACAGAAAUAGUCCUGAACACAGCAUAUAAAUUGUGAUAUUCCAUAUGAACCAAAUCAGUAGAAGUGGCCCUGAACAAGCAUAUAAAU